AUGUUGGAAUUUGGUGAAGCAGGGAGCAUAUUGAAGUAUUUUCAAGAUCAGACGGUACAAAACCCUUCAUUCUUUUAUUCUGUGCAGUUGGAUACUGAAGAGCAAAUAACAAAUAUUUUUUGGGCAGAUGCUAGAAUGAUAAUUGACUACGGUCAAUUUGGGGAUGUUGUAACAUUUGACACAACAUACAAGAUUAAUAGAGAAAGCCGCCCUUUUCCUAUUUUCGUUGGCUUCAAUAACCACCGAGAGACCAUUGUUUUUGGAGCUGCAUUGAUGUAUGAUGAAACAACCGAUUCGUUUAUAUGGUUGUUUAAAACUUUUUUAGAGGCAAUGUCAAAUAAACUUCCAAAAACUAUUUUCACAGAUCAGGAUGCAGCAAUGGCUAAGGCUAUUUCAUAUGUGAUGCCUAACACAUAUCAUAGGCUAUGCACAUGGCAUAUGAUGCAAAAUGCUAUAAAACAUAUGAGUGGCAUUUUUAGCGGUCCUGGUGGGGUAAGAAGUGUUUUGGGAAAGUUUAUAGAUGCGUAUGAGGAGGAAGAGGAAUUUUUUGCAGCUUGGAAUGCUAUGUUAGAUGAGUUUGAUGUUCAUGAUAAUUCAUGGCUGCAAAGCAUUUUUCAUUUAAGGAAAAAAUGGGUUAGGGCAUAUGUUAGGUGGACAUGGUCAGCAGGGAUGAAGAGCACACAACUUAGUGAGAGCUUAAAUGUUGAUUUGAAAGAGUACUUGAGAUCAGAUUACAAUUUGAUUCAAUUUUUCAUUCACUUUGAAAGGGUGCUUAAUGAGAAGCGAUAUAAGGAAUAUGAAGCUGAGUAUGCAUUGUCAUAUAAGUUGCCUAGGAUAAAAGUCCAAGUUCUGAUGUUGACUCAGGCAGGAGAUGUUUACACAAAAACUAUCUUUGAAGAAUUUCAAGAUGAAUAUGUGGGUUCACUUGAGUUAUACGUAGCAAAUUGUGUUCACAAGGAUGAUUGUUUGGUUUAUAUUGUCAAAGCAUAUCGACAAUCUACAAUGCGUGAAGUGAAGAAAGACAAAGAUGGUAAUUUGUCUUGUUCUUGUAGGUUGUUUGAGAUGAAAGGAAUAUUGUGUAGUCAUGUUAUUAAGGUUCUUAAAGAUGAAAUGAUUAUAAUGGAAAUUCCAAGCCAAUAUAUCCUGAAAAGGUGGACCAAAUUAGCAAGAGUUGAAAUUGUCCAAGAUUACAAAGGGCGCGAUAUUCAAGCUGACCCUAAGUUGGAACAGAGCAGCAGAUACAAGUCAUUGUGCUCCCUCUUUACUAUGAUUUCAUCCCAGGCAUCUGAAUUGGAAGAAACAUAUGAAGAUUGUGUUCAGGAAGGGAAAAAAUUGCUCGCAUUUGUUCAAAAUAAGUUGCGUAUACGUAUCACCAAUGGACCACUAAACUUAAAUGAUGCUAGCUCUACAAUGAGAAUGAAUGAGGGCAGUGAAAAUGUCAUUCAAGCGAAGGGACUGAAGAAAAGGAUUGACCCCAUUCGUGGAAGGCGACGGAUUAAAAGUAGCUUGGAAAAGGCAUUGGAGACUUCAAGAAAGAAAAAGCAACGCGAUGUACAAGCAUCUUCAAAUAUACUCCCACAUAUGAUGCCACCAUAUAUUCAAGUACCAACUUCAAUGCAGGAUAUACAUGUAUCUUCGAAUAUACUCCCACAUAUGAGGCAACCAUUAGCUGAAGUACCAAAUUCAGUGCCUUGGACAUGGAAUGGAGAGCCUCAAUAUGCCAACUUCCGAGCCUUACUUCAAGGAUUUACUUUGCUUAACUCAUCACAAUGCUCGACUAGCACAUAUUACAAUCAGGUUCCCAAUCUAAACAUUGUUCGGAAUUCCUCUACACCAAUAUAUCCAGAAAUUCUUGGAGACCGAUGA